AUGAAGCCAACAUCUAGUCGAAAGCGAAGCGCAAGCCAAGAUGAGGCCCACGCUGUCCAAGAAAGCAACCCCCCCAAGGUUGCAAAAAUCGUCCCUUCCGCGCCGCAGCCGGACAGUAGCCAACAAGCCGACAGAGAACGAAGGGAGCGAUCUGCUAAGGUUCUGUAUGAUGACACACUCAGUAUGAUUGACAGAAACGUCCGAGUUAUGGACAGAAAGGUGUCUGGGGAAACUGGCGACGACCCAUUGGACUACACAACUGAUGAUUAUGCGAAACUUGUGUGUCGCCAUUCCAAAAUAGUCAAUGCCCUCGCUGUCGUCGACAACACUCUGGCCUUCAAUCUCGUUCUCAGUAUGGCCGACGCAUCACGCACUGAUCUCGACACCACACUCGAAAUGUGUGGCGAGGACCCUGGUGAAACCGCCCGAUACUUCCAGAGUCUGGACAACUUGCUUUUGCCAUUGAUUAAAUACCGGCAACAACCCGCAGAGCUGUGCUGGCAGCUGCUCCAAGUACCAGUUCGGUGGUCUCAACGACGCACCGGUUCACAAGAUGCUGAAUCGGAUGAAGAUCCCGACGAAUGGUCUGAACCAGAUUACGAGAGACAAUAUUGGGAAAAGUGCAAUUAUGAGCACAACAGACGAAUCGCUAGGAGGAGAUGGAGGGAAAUUGUUGAUGACUGGGUUACUGUCGCAUUGAAUGAUCUGAAAGACGAGCGGGAUUAUCUUGACCUAUAUGGUAUCACAGGAUUCUUUCCUGAGAGUAUCGCUGAAUUUGAAGCAAUCCGUAUGCAGAUGAGUACCGGUGUAUAG